ACUCAGCAAAAACAUACGACACGGGCUGGGCGUAGGCAUAUAAUUACUGCUCAAUCAAAACUAAUUAUACCUCGUUGCUAUAGAGCUGCACUGCGCCUGUCGUACCUCUUCUGGGUAGAUCUAGUGCAAUUGAACACAUCGAAUACAUAGUACUGGAAUGAUAGUACUGGAAUGCUUUGAUGACCUUUGGGAUCUUUGCGGUCAGGCAUCAAGUGUCACUGAGUGUGUAUGUACAAUUAUACUUCCUUGUUAGGCUUUAUUACAUCGGUGUGCAUGAAUAUUUGCAGUGCAUGUGCUUAUGUUUAUACUAUGCCUCAUCCACGAGGAUAAUAUGUACAAUGCAACUUUUGUGGGGUGAUUGAAGAACAAUAAGUAUUCACAUAUACAACUAAUGGGGCUACAUUCUAAAUACAGCCCAUAAUUAUAAUAGAACCCGUAUAUGUACAUGUGUGCAUGUUUCAACUAACUGUUAGUUGACAUAGAACUAAAAUUUCAACGGAAAAAGUAAAUCUAGUAUACCUUACCGGUAAAGGAAUGUCACUAUUUUCUGAAUUGUUGAAUCAUCUCUCAAGCCCAGCAAUCCAGUAUAGCAAUAUUUUCCUUCAUCAAGUUUCAGUCAUAUUUAUCAUAUUUAAUCAUGGAUAUGUCUCGUGAAAAAGCUUCACCCGAGUGGGAGACGAUUGUCGAGUGUUCUUCACUACUCAUCGACUCGAUUAAAGGAAGUGUCGACAGUAUUGGGAAUGAACUCCGUAGCAAAUGGUUUUUAUCAGAGAGUGAAUACGAAAGUUUAAAACAGAUUGGUCCCGGCUCAGAACCUUUUAUUAGGGCUCGAAAAGUUAUCAGUGCUGUAGAAUGUAGGGUAAAGUCUCGACCGGCAUUGUUUGAAGAUUUUGUUGCUGUUCUGAGGAGUCAAGGUGAAUGGAUGCGUGACUGUACCAAACAAGUCUAGGAAUGUUACAAAGCGAAGAAACUCGUAAGUUCUGAAAAAAUGAAGGUCCAGGAUUUGUGUGCCCGUACUGUCAAAAGUGUACUCUAGAAGAUUUAUUCAUGUCUGGAUGUCUGCAAGAAAAAGCAGAGAAAACAACUCCUAGUAUUAGCUCACCAACUUUUCCUUAUCUCGAUACUAAACGUUUAAGUGAGCCAGAGAAACGCAUGUUAUUUGACAAGUUAACUACUGAUUAUGAAUCGAUUGUGAGUGCAUUUUGUAAGCUCUGCAUGGCACUGUCCAAGUCCCCAGCUUUGAAAGAUGAGAUAGAAAAUAUUAAGCUUUUCUUAUCAGCCUCUGCAAUCUUCUCAAAAGAAGAAAAGAUGAAACUACUGAGUUCAAAGACAAUGACUGAAGUGCUCAUGAUUCUUCAACUAAGGGUUUCUUUCUUUAAUCAUCAAACUAUAAAGUUGGUCGUGAAUGAAUUUGGGUCAUCAGAUGACAAACACAAAAUGCAAAAAUACUUGCAGGAGUUUAAGUCUUAUUGUGAACACGAUGUGUUCGAAGUACCUCACUCUGUGUUUCAUCCUGGUCAUACCGAGGACAGAGAACACUCGAAAUACUUUGCCCUGAAAUACUCUGAUUCUGAAGAAGAUCCCAUUAAGUUACAGAAGAUAACUAAAAUCUGCAGCCGUAUAGCAAAGACCUUGCACAUAAAUUCUUGGGCUUUGUCAUUGGUAUCCAUUGAAAAGGGGUGCAUAGUCGUAACAUUUGCCAUCCCUAUUGCGAUAGCCACUAAUGUUCUACCAAUUUCUGAAGGUCAGUUGACAGAAUUGAGCCGAUAUGGAUUAGGUGCCAUUGAUGAUAGAGCGUUAGAAGAGUUUUCGAAUACUACUGACGAUACUAUUUUAAAGCUCGACAGGGAAAAUUCUACCAAACAUGAACUAUAUAAAGCAGAAGUUGAUAAUGAAGAGGAGGCUACUGAUGUGACAUGGGAGAGUGGAUACGGCACUGGAGAGGCAGUCCUACAGGAGUGGAUUGGUGAAGGACAUCAAAGCACUUUGUCUACAGAUUCAGACUUAGUGUCUAUCAAGGACUGGCAUCUGUAUACGCCACUUCUUACACUCUCAGAAAAGGAUUCUGGACCAUACGAAUCUUUAUAUAUAGUCAAGUCAAACCAGCUUGUGUCCUCAGAUGCUUUCCAACAGCAGAUGGGAAUGCGAUACGCUUUCAGGACGCAGACGUUCCACUGGCUUCAUGAAAAUUUGGAAUCUUCUGAAAGCUGCUAUGUUUCCAAGACUACACUUUAUGAUCAUUACCGGAGACACUGUACUGCGUUAAGUAUGGAGCCUGUCACUAUAGCAGUGUUCGGAAAACUCAUUCACUCAUUGUUUACUAGGAUGACAACAAAAAGACUAGGCACCAGUGGGAACUUCAAAACUUGUUACUAUGGCAUCCGGAUAAAGCCUGACUCUCCCUUACGCAACGUUCCCACAGAUGAGACUGAGAUGCCUGAAGUUCAAGUGCUAUCACCAUUGCUAUCCUCCCCUCUUCCGCUACCAAAUGAAAAACUGUCUUGUCAGCCUUUAAGUGAGGAAUUGGCUUACCAGUUACCUCCACUACCAAGUGAGGAAUCUGAUCAUCAAAUGCAACCGCCUCUUCUACCAGUACAGCAGUCAUAUCAUCCCUCGGACCAUUCUCUACAAAGUGAGCUGCCAUCUACAUUUAGUAAGCUCCCUCAAGUACUGAAGCGUCUCCCACAAUCGUUCCUUCAGCAGUUGUCCUUCCCAUCUCCCAAUCUACAAAAUGAACAAUUUCCUCUUAGACUACCAAAAGCUCGUAAGCCCUCUCGUCGUCCGCCUCCAACACUUCCAAAACCUAGCAAGCUGAGAAUGCAACAAAAAAUUUAAGCAAGUAUCAUUCUAUAUACCCUAAUACUGUACAUGUAUUGUACAAUCAUAUUUAUAUAUCUCUAGAUCUUGUUAUAUAAAGUUGUGUACAUUUGAUAAUAAUCGUGGAAAUUUUAUCCCAAAUUUGCAUAUCAAAAUAAUGAUAUACAUGCACUUUAGCAAUAAUAAUGGGGGCACAACAGGGAUGUAUGUGUAGCAUAGCGUAUAAUAUAAGAUUGACCGUAUAUGUGGAAAGUGACAUAAUUAUAUACCCUACUCCGCCGAGAUUACGCCCACAUCCAAAAUUAAGCCCAUCCCACCUGUAGCUGCUUUUGUAGCAUAAAAUUAGGGUAGGCGCAAUCUCGGUAGAUUACAGUAAGUGCUUGUGCCACUGCGGCUAUAGAUCUAGUGCCUAGAUCUAUACUGUAUAUUGGGAAAUUUUCGUGGAGUGCAAGUACAAGUUGGCACUCUCCUUAUAUACAGCAAUGUCAUCAUAGCCACUUAUGAAGCGUGACUUUCAGUUACAGGCACUUCUCAUCUUUAUGGGCUCUUGUAGUUAUUGUGACUGACUGUUCUAAAAAACAAGAAAGCUGUCAACAUGUGUACGUGAAUAUGUGGACUAGUCAGACCACACAAUAAUAGAACCCAUACAUAGUUGUGGGAGUGUGCAUGUUUCGACCAUGACUGUUGACAUUGUGUUGACAAUGUUUAAGCCACAAAAAAACCCUGAUCCCUGCGUUAUUACAUAUAGAAGAUGGUUUUAUACGCAAACAGUAGCUAUUCAUGCCUUGCCAAAGUGUCAUUUAGAAUUUAUGUUAGCCAAAUAAUUAUUAUUGUGGACUCAUCUCUCAAGUCCAGCAAUAGAUAUUAUUCAAGUUUAAGCCUAUACCAUCACACAUGGAUACGUCUCGUGAAAAAGCAUCGCCAGAAUGGGAGACGAUUGUAGAGUGUUCUGUACUACUCAUCGACUCAAUUAAAGGAAAUAUCGACAAUAUGGGGAAUGAAUUCCAUAGUAAAUGGUUUUUAUCAGAGAGUGAAUAUGAAAGUUUGAAACAGGUUGGCCCCGGCUCAGAACCUUCUAUUAGGGCUCGAAAAAUUAUCAGUGCUGUAGAAUGUAGGGUAAAGUCUCGACCGGCACUGUUUGAAGAUUUUAUUGCUGUUUUGAGGAGUCAAGGUGAAUGGAUGCAUGACUGUACCAGAAAAGUCGAGGAAUGUUACAAAGGGAAGCAACUCGUAAGUUCUGAAGAAAGUGAAGGUCCAGGAUUUGUGUGCCCAUACUGUCAGAAGUGUACUCUAGAAGAUUUCUUCAUGUCUGGAUGUCCGCAAGAAAAAGCAGAGAAAACAACUCCUAGUAUUAGCUCACCAACUUUUCCUUAUCUCGAUACUAAACGUUUAAGUGAGCCAGAGAAACACAUGUUACUCGACAAGUUAACUACUGAUUACAAAUCAAUUGUGAGUGCAUUUCGUAAGCUCUGCUUGUCACUGUCGAAGUCCCCAGCUUUCAAAGAUGAAAUAGAUAGUGUUAAGCUUUUCUUAUCAGCCUCUGCAAUCUUUUCAAAAGAAGAAAAGAUGCAGCUGAUGAGUUCGAAGACAAUGACUCAAGUGCUUAUGAUUCUUCUACUGGAAAGGGCUUCUUUCUUCAAUCAUCAAACUAUAGAGUUAGUCGUGAAUGAAUAUGGGUCAUCAGAAGACAAACGCGAAAUGCAAAAGUACUUGGAUGAGUUCAAUUCAUAUUGUAAACACAAUGUGUUCGAAGUGCCACACGCUGUGUUUCAUCCUGGUCAAAACGAGGACAGUAAACACUCAAAGUUUGCUCUGAAAUACUUUGAAGAAGGUCCCAUUAUGUUGCAGCAGAUAACUAUACUCUGUAACCGUAUAGCUAAGACCUUGCACAUAAAUUCUUGGGCUUUGUCAUUAGAAUCUAUUCAAAAGGGAUGUGUAUUCCUAACAUUUUCUAUUCCAGUUUCAAUAGCUACAAACGUUCUGCCGAUUUCUGAUGCUCAGUUAAUAGAAUUGAGCCGAUUCGGAUUAGGCGCCAUUGAUGAAGAGGAAGAUGAGUCCAGGUCAUUAGCGAAGUUUUCUGACCUAGAUGGUAUCGUUACUAUAAGAUCUGGAAGGAAAGGUUCUACUAAACGUAUAUUAGCAGAAGUUGAUCUCCCUACAAAUGAAGAAGAAGCUACUGAUGUGACAGGGGAGAGUGGGUACGGCACUGGAGAAGAAAUCCGACAGAAUUGGAUUCAAGGACGACUCCAAACUUCUUCAUCUGCAGAUCCUGGUUCAGUGUCUGUAAAGGAUGCCAAUCAGUAUACGUCACUCUGCGCUACAUUCUCGGGAAAUGAUUCUGGACCGUACUCAUCUUUAGUCAAGUCCGGUAAGCUUGUGUCCGCAGAUGCUCAACAAGGACAGAUGGGAAUGCGAUAUGCUUACAAAAUCCAUUCACAGACUAUCCAAUGGCUUUGUGAAAAUUUUGAAGCUUCUGAAGGCUGCAAUGUUUCCAAGAAAACACUUUAUAAUCAUUACCUGAGGCACUGUGCUACAUUUAGUAUCAAUCCUGUCAAUGCAGCGGUCUUUGGAAAGCUCAUUCGUUCCGUAUUCAUUGGGCUGACAACAAGAAAACUAGGCACCAGUGGGAACUUCAAAACCGGUUACUAUGGCAUUUGGAUAAAGCCUGACUCUCCAUUAAGGAACUUUCCCACAGAUGAUGAUGAUGAUGAUGAUAUUACUAGUGUUCCAGUACUACCAUCACUCCCAUCCUCUCCCCCUUCACCACCUUAUGAAAAGGCAUCUCGUCAGCUUCCUCCAUUACCAUAUGAGGAAGUUUCUCCUCUCACAUCGAGACAGCAGCCAUGCCGUACACACUUUAGUUCCAUAUCAAGCGAGCAUCCAUCUCGUCAGUUUCCUCCAGUACAAAGCCUCCAACAACCACCCCCCAACCUACAGAGUGACCAAUUUCCCUCUCGAUCACCGCGAGCUCGUCUCCCCUCUCCCCAAUCCUCACCACCACCACUGCCGAAACCUCGCAAGCGAUCCACAAAAGCAUACUCCCCAGACUCAAAACCACACUAAGCCCCACCAUAGAUCAAUAAUCUGUGGUCCCACGACAUCUGUAUAGAAACUUUUUAUUGUUGUUGUAGUUAAUAGAGAUUCAGUGCUUAUUUUCCCACUAUGAGUUUUUUACAAAUUUGUUCUAACUUCUGUGGGCACCCAUCUAUGGGGUGCCGUUUGUGUCAAAAUGCUAAUUUUAUCCACUUAUGCAGAAGUACACUGACUUAUACACAAGUGCACCGACUUAUACCACAAGUACACUGACUUAUGCAGAAGUGCACUGACUUAUACACAAGUGCACAGACUUAUACACAAGUACACUGACUUAUACACAAGUACACUGACUUAUACACUAGUGCACCGACUUAUGCAGAAGUGCACUGACUUAUACACAAGUGCACAGACUUAUACACAAGUACACUGACUUAUACACAAGUAUGCUGACUUACACAGAAGUACACUGACUUAUACACAAGUGCACCGACUUAUACGCAAGUGCACCGACUUAUACGCAAGUGCACAGACUUAUACGCAAGUGCACAGACUUAUACACAAGUGCACCGACUUAUACACAAGUGCACAGACUUAUACACAGGUGCACUGACUUAUACAUAUAACCUGACUUGUACAAGUACUUUGACUUAUGCACAAGUAUGCUGACUUAUGCACAAGUGCACUGACUUAUGCACAAGUAUGCUGACUUAUGCACAAGUGCACUGACUUAUGCACAAGUGCACCGACUUAUGCACAAGUACACUGACUUAUACACAAGUGCACGUGCUAAAUUAAUUUAACCUUUAACCUUUAACCCUUUGCACAUGGUUGUUCUAUAGACUAGAGACAUGACAGAAUCUUCAAGUAAAUGUGCAAGUAUUGUCAAACGCUUUAAACCUGUUUACUAAUGCAAUUUUCAAGCUGCUACAACUCUUAACAGAAGCUCUGUAAACAUUACUAUUGUCUGCCCCUUGACUCUGCCUGUACAUGC